GACACCAGGCGUCCCCUUUGCUCCUGUUCCACUUCAGGCCUGGCCCUUCAGGCUUUCCUCAGCUCAGCCAAGAAGCCCGAGCACCCUGUCCCCUGUCGUGUUAGCACUGAUUGGUAAAAUUGUCAUGAAGCCUCAUCCAGGAAGUCACAGAAGAGUCAGUGUGUGUGCGCAGUUGUUCCCGAGGCCACGGAGGGUGUCAGACGGCCACUGUGCUGCAGGGGUUGUCCUGAGCCAUCUCUGCUGCGUGAGGAGGAGAGUCUGCUGGGUGACAGCCACUGCACCUGUCUGUCUGUUUCAGGGAACCACCAAAAUCAACACCUUCAACUGGUCCAAGGUCCGUAAACUGAGCUUUAAGAGGAAACGGUUUCUUAUCAAACUCCACCCGGAGGUCCAUGGACCCUACCAGGACACAUUAGAAUUCUUGUUGGGGAGCAGAGAUGAGUGUAAGAACUUCUGGAAGAUCUGUGUGGAGUACCACACCUUUUUUAGACUUCUUGACCAGCCCAAGCCAAAGGCAAAAGCUGUCUUCUUCAGCCGGGGCUCCUCCUUCCGAUACAGUGGGAGAACUCAGAAGCAGCUGGCAGAAUACGUCCGAGACGGUGGGGUGAGGAGAACGCCAUAUGAAAGAUGGCACAGCAAGACCCAGGCAUCCCUCCGUGCUCUGACUGCAGACCUGCCAAAACAGGUUAGUCCUCCCUGGCCGAAACCUUGGGGCACUGCCUCUACCCUCUGGAAAACCACCUGCGUAGCCAGAAGCUCAGCUCGUCACAGUGGUCGGCCCUGCAGCUCCAGCCCUGGGACUCUUCAGCCAGGGGUGCUGGGCGAAGCCCAGGCCCCGCCUGGAGCUCUGCCACUCAGUGUCCUUCCCACUGGGACCCUGCACAGCCCUCGGUGGCUUCCCAGCCCAGGUUUAGUUGUCGUGCAGGCAUGCACAGACACCUCCCAGAAGGAUGUGGCUGGGACGUCCCAAGGAGCAGCAGCUGCUGCUCCAUCCCCUGCUUGAGGACGGUGUGAUGGUGUGUCUGAGUGUUGAUUUCUACAUGCAUGAGGGACUGCACGUGGAGCCCUGCUCCUUCCAGGGGGUCCUGAGUGUGCCUGCCCGAGCUGCCCAGGCUGUGCUUCCUGCCCUGUCGCCCGCUGGCCUGUGGCUGACUCUGAGCGGGGUUGUCGGCAGCUGCGUGUGCACCUGUAUCUUGAGGCUCUGCUCAAACGCUGCUCCACAUCCAUGCCUCUGCUCUUCCAGGUGUCUCCCUCUGGAAACUCCUGUUACAUCAGUUGGAUUUAAAAAGGAAUGUUUUUAAUUGUUACUUUAUAAAGUUUGAAUUUAAUUUCAAA